AUGCCUCAAGUCAAGCGCACACCUACUGUAUUCUUCGCUCGCGACAAACUACCCUUUGAAGGGUUUGAUGAUCUGCGUCAAAGCAUCGAAGAUGACGAGCCUCUUGUGAAGAUUGUCUCCGACAUUAUGGAUGUCGAGAGAAAUAGCGAGGAUUCUAUGACUCCUUCACUGGAUAAUCAGGCAAAGAUCACUUUGGGCGAGAAACGACCCCUCUCACCAGAUGAGGAAGUCCCUGAGGAAACUCCCAAGAAGAAGCCCGGUCGCCCUGCUAAGCGUCAGCGCCGGACUGUGGUCAAGGAAGCUGUUGAGCCUCGGCGCUCAGCACGACUCAGCUCCGUAGCAUCCUCAGCCAAGGAGGAGAAGCGUACACCAACCCCAACUCCUACCAAGCGAGGCCGUGGACGCCCUCCCACUAAGAAAAGGGGAACAGUAGUCGUCCAAGUUCCUGAGGUCAGCCCUUCUACUGAACGAAGCUCCGCACGUCUUCUUGCCAAGAGCAAGAGGAGUGACGAGAGUGAUGCGGAAUCCGAGACCGAAUGGGAGGUCGAGAAGAUCAUGGAUUCAGGGAUCGAUGGUCCUACUGGCGUGCACCUUUACCUGGUCAAGUGGAAGGGGUUUUCGAUGAAGGAAUGCACCUGGGAACCCAAGAAAAAUCUGGGCAACUGCCACAAGCUCAUUCGUGAGUUUGAGGAGAAACAUUAA